AUGUCAGCACUUUCAGUCUCACCUCUCGACCUAGCGCCGACUGAGUUUCGUGGGCAAAAGUACCGGGUAGGCGACCCCGGCUACAAAGAUGCACGUCUCAUCUUUAAUAUGGCCAAGGAUGAUUGGCUUCCUGCCCUUAUCGCCCGCCCAGCUGAUGUGGCCGACCUACAAGCCCUGAUGCGUCACGCCUUUACCAACAAUAUCCCGGUUGCGAUCCGUGGCGGCGGGCACGGAGCAGACGCGUCUGCCAUGCCUCAUGACCAGCUUGUCGUGGAUAUGAGUCAAUGGAAAGAAAUUUCAGUUGAUGUCAAUACCCAGGUUGUCCGCGCUUCUGCUGGGGCCUGUCUAAAAGAUUUAGAUGCGGCCUGUGCGCAGCACGGCCUUGUCGUUCCUGCGGGUACGGUCAGUCACACCGGCAUUGCUGGCUUGACACUGGGCGGUGGUGUGGGAAUGAAUAUGAGACGCUUUGGGGCCACUGUCGAUAAUCUUCUUGCUUGCGAACUCGUCACGGCCGACGGCCGAUUCGUGAGAGCUGACAAGGAGGAGAACCCAGACUUGUUCUGGGCACUUCGAGGCGGCGGCGGUAAUUUCGGCGUGGUAACGACUUUUGAGUACCGUGCCCACAAGUUUCCUGCUGAGGUUGGCCUGGCAACUCUCAUCUUCGAUAUUGUUGAAACCAAACAAGUGCUCUUGAAGAUGACUGGCUUUAUGAAAUCUGCUCCUCGAGAGCUACAGGCCAUCCCGGCCUUGGUAACACUACCUCAUGCUCCCCAUGUUCCUGAGGAGCUUCACGGAGCCCCUGGUCUGAUCAUGAUAUGCGCCUUUUCUGGACAAGAGGCUGAUUUCGAAGGUGUUGUACGAGAUGUCGCGGCUCUGGGCAAGCCGACUGCAAUUGAGAAACACAUGAAGCCAUGGGUAGAAGUCAAUAGCUUCCUCGAUGCCAUGGCUCCAUAUGGUAUGAGGUCAAUCACAAGAGGGGCUUACUUUUCCGAAGUGACCGAACAAAUGAUCGACAGGAUGAUUGCAGCUGCUGAGCGGGCACCUGAUGGGCAUGCUCAAGAGCUGUGGUUCUUUGCUGGAGGAGCGAUUACGGAGGAUUUUGAGGAAGACUCAUGCGCCUUCUCCCGCGAGGGCGCCCUUGGGUUCUAUCAAAUUGUUGCCCAAUGGAAGUCUUCGUCUGGUGAUGAGGAGCACAUGUCUUGGGUUAAUGAAACAGCCGACCAAGUAGCAGAAGGCUGUUUACGCAACGGGUACUCUAAUUUCAGUAUUAAUCUUGGGCCGGAGUGGGUUCGUAAUCUUUUCGGCAAACCAGAGAAAUACGAGCGAUUACUUGUUGCUAAGAAGAGAUGGGACCCAAAGAACAUGUUCCAGUUUAAUAAGAAUUUCCCGGUUAAUUAA